AUGCACACCUCACUUCAGACUACCAUCAUGAAGUUUUUGGCGCUGGCUCUUGCCCUCCUGCUGGCUGUCGGCUCUCAGGCUGCUUCUAUGAAGCAGAAGAGGUCGGCGGAUCCUAACCUCCAACAACUCCUACAGGAUCUGCAAACUUUUGCAGACUCCUUUAUGAAACACAGAAUACAAGGAAUCCAACAAAUCGAGGACACCUUUAAAGACAACACUGCCGGGGAUAAUGUGGCUGACAAUCUCAAGGUGGCAUACGCAAAUCUUUUGCCUUUUAGUAAUGUAGCCUUAAACUCUUGCCUCAAGCCAAUGGCUGAAAGUGCUGACAAUGCAAUCGAAAAGUUGAAGGCCAAACUGGAGGCCAAUGUUACUAAACUGAUUGAUGUCUUGGAGAAACACUUCCAGGAGUACGAGACCGGAUUUGGUCCAAUCUACCAAGGUUACGCUACCGCAUGCAAAACUAGCAUCGAACAAGCGAAAACCCAACUGGCUCCAAAGCAGGAGGAGAUGAUGAAGAAGGUGUCUGAAAAUUUGAAGGAGACAAAGGCUGCCCUAAUAGCGAUAUUCCAAAUCGAUGUCACUGAAGAAAAGCAGACUUAUCAGACGAGCAUGGACACUGCUGCUAACAACUGUGUCCAGAAAUUCAAGGAAGCUGUAGGUUUUCCAACGGAUGAUGCGGAUCCAGAAGCAGCGAAGAAAUGGCUGGUUUCUACCUGCAUGGCCCUCACUUCAUGAUAGCAUGACAGGAAAUGUGCCUCUUUCACUCGCUGUCCAUCUCUUUUGUCUUUCUUGAACCGUGUUUGUGCCCAGUGCUCAAGUUUGUACACAGACGUAAACAUGUUCAUACACUUGAUUUACACUUUACAUAUGAUGACCAGCUGGUUGCAUUUUGGGCAGGAAUUGUACGUGAAUAUUCACAAGUGAACCUCUGUGUAAUGAUGCUUGUCUGAUGAGAAAUGUGCUUGAACAGAAUACAGCUCAAUAAACAUCAGACUGUCUGUAC